AUGGUUGAUAUCCUUUAUUCACUUAUGGAUAUCAAUGAACGAUUGAAUCGAUUAGUACUUGAUUCUCUUUAUAUUCGUAAUCUUGAUAUGACUAUGAAAUCAUCAUCUGAUGAUACUUCUUCAAUACCUGAACAAGUUCUUAAUAGAAUUUGUAAAGAAGUCUUACCUCGAAUUCAUCAUCAUGUAAAUAAACUUACUGUUGAAUCACAUUCAAUAAAAUAUAUUCUUCUUAAUGUCAAUUUUAUCCUCAACUUUUCUCGUUAUCAUUUGUUAAUUUUCAAGAAGAAAUCCUUUACUAAUAUUUAA